AUGACCUCGGCCCAGCAAGCUUUGAAAAAUCAUAUGAUCCCACUAACUUCUCUCGCUGCGCGAGCCGCGGACAUUGUCCGAGAGGACGCGAACGGCGAGACGACCACAAGAGACCAAAUUGUGAAGACUGCAAUGCGCUAUCUAGAGACAGAUACAUUACUUUGUUGGGUGCCAGAGAAGAAUGACUACAGCGUUGAGGAAGUUGACGAGCAUGGUCGGAGACCAGAGAGCCUUCGAGAGGCCCAGAUGAGAGUCGCGAAAAAUGUAAUCUCAUUUUUAAGCACCAUGGUGUGGCCUGGUAUUGAAAUUAGACCUAUCUUGGAUUCUGAGAGCAUCCUGCCGGUGUCGCAAACUCAAGCUACGAACGAUAUUAUUAAACAAUGGAUUUUCGGCCUACAAGCGCACGAUUUGGCUGCUCUUGAAAGAGGUAUUCUCGCUUCAAAGAGUUUACUGGUGGCUGUGAGGCUGGUCUCGGAGUGGAGUGAAAACUUGCGCCACGUACAACGACAGAAUCAGAAGAAAUUCGGCAUCGAAGAAGCAGCCGAAGCGUCCAGUCUGGAGGUAAAGUGGCAAACAGAUAUGUGGGGUGAGGUUGAGGAUACACAUGAUGUUGAUAAGGAGGAUUUGAAGCGACAACUUGGCAGUGUCAUUGUCUUGGUGAGCGGAGUGACAAAGUGA